GUGGCAGAUUAGAUAUAAGGAGGAUGGGGAGUCUGACGUAGUUUUUCUGCGACGGCACAUCUUUUUAUGCAUGCAUCGGAUUCGUGAUGGCAGAACAGGAUUCUGAAGCGAAGAGGGUGAUAAAGUUGGUUCCUGAGAACCUUCUGAAGAAGAGGAAGGCCUAUCAAGCCAUCAAAGCCACUGAGGCAAAGCGUGCACUUCUAGAGAAGAGAAAGGUAUCCAAAGGCAAACCCUUGAAGUUCAAGCGCUUGGAGGACUUCCUGAAGGAGAACCAUAGAAAACAUCGCGAUGAAACGCGUAUCAGGAGAGCAGAUCACAGACCAGCUCCAGCCAUGCCCCCUGCAAAGAACCGACUGGCCUUCGCUGUCCGCAUCAGAGAGAUCAAAGGAGUCAGUCCCAGAGUUCAGAAGGUGAUCCAGAUGUUACGACUAAGAAAGAUCUUCAGCGGUGCCUUUGUCAAAGUGAACAAGACCUCUAUGGCUAUGUUGAAAAUGGUUGAGCCUUAUGUGGCAUGGGGGUUUCCCAACUUGAAGUCUGUUCGUGAGCUGAUCUUGAAAAGAGGACAGGCAAAGAUUGACAAGCGAAGGGUCGCUCUCACAGACAACACACUCAUUGAGCAGCAUAUGGGCAAGUAUGGUAUCAUCUGUCUAGAGGACCUGAUCCAUGAGAUCUACUCUGUGGGGAAGAACUUCCGUGUGGUCAGCAACUUCAUAUGGCCGUUCAAGCUGUCUGUGGCUCGUCACGCUGCCAGGGACAAGGCAGGUCUUUUGAAGGACAUCGGCAACCCAGGACCCAGAGGGACGGACAUUAACUCAAUCAUCAGGCAGCUCAACUGAGGCUGCAUGACAGACACUUUCACAGACUCUUUCCUAGAGCCAGUGAUUAACCUUUUUUUCCAUAGCUUAUUCAUUGGUGGUUCUGUAAUUCAUUUUCUUCAUGUCUGCAAGAUUAUGAGUUGCCCAGUGUGGCAUGAGAUAAAUAAAUCCCUUACAGAUUCAUAAGGAUUCAAUUCAUCUUUGUCUUAACACCCCUGGGACCCAGCUGGCAGAAUUAAUACUGGACCUGAUCAGAAUUUAAGACAUGGACAGACUACGCCUUUCUGAACUACGUUGUGAUUAGAUAGUAGUUAUUGUCUCGCCCUUUUGUUGGACAAUUGGUAAUCUCAUGUUACCACCUCUGCAGCGUUUCCAUAUUAAGGCCAUUCUAUGGAGAUUCUAAUGGCAUUAUCACUACUUACUUUGCCCCUCUGGUUGUCGAAGGGAUGUAAUUAUGCAUACUAUGUGAGAUUAAUGUGUUUAUUUUUCAAUAAACUGAAACAAGAAUUUGUUUUGUACUUGGGUGCAGAAAAUGA